AAGCAGACGGCGAAAAUGGCGACUAAAGCUUUGGUUGUAUUCUUGGCAUUCCUUGUCGGCUCUCUUGCCGUACCAGCACCGGACCAAUCGGUCCUCUUCGAACAUGUGGACAUUAACGCCCGCAUCGUCGGCGGCUCCCCGGCAGCUCAAGGCAGCGUGCCUUACAUGGUAGCCCUAACCCAGGGCACCGUAGUAAGGAGCUUGGUAUGCGGUGGUUCCAUCCUCACCCCCCGCACGGUUCUUACUGCCGCUCAUUGUAUCGCCGCUGUCUUCUCUUGGGGAUCACUCUCCAGUUCGCUCCGAGGUGUAGUUGGUACAAACAGCUUCGGUUCAGGAGGUACCCAAUAUGCGUUCGCUCGCAAUGUAACGCACGCGAACUACGUCAGCCAAACGAUCAAGAACGACAUCGGGUUGCUGAUUACCACCACUGACAUCGAGUAUUCCGAAGUGGUGCAGCCUAUAAAACAGGCUUUUGAUUUCGCUCCAGCUGGUGUGGUCAGCAGAGCCGCUGGAUGGGGUCGGAUUGCCGCCGGUGGUGCCAUAUCCCAAAACCUCCUAGAGCUGCACCCGGAAACGAUCGACGGCGACGUGUGCGUCACCCAAGUAGCAACUAUUGGUCCAUCCCUCGGCUUCAGACCGCCUCCUGUCGAGCCCCAUAUCGAGAUCUGUACCUUCCACUCUGCCGGACGCGGCAUGUGCAACGGUGAUUCUGGCAGUGCUCUAGUCCGUGUGGAUCGUGGAGAACAGAUCGGAAUUGUCUCUUGGGGUAUUCCCUGCGCCCGUGGUGCCCCCGACAUGUUCGUACGUGUCAGCGCUUAUGAGUCCUGGCUGGAACAGAACACCGUCUGAACACCAAACUGAUCCAUCAAAGUUGUCCAACGCAAACUAUACAGAAUUAUUUCUAAAAUACUAAUAACCUCGCAGUACUGUAUGACAACAUCAUCAAUAACAAUUGUUGUUCCAUGGCUUUUAAUAAAUCAGAUUUUACUUUCGUACAAAAAUAAAAAUAUGCAUUGAAUAGAUCGCUUUAAGCAGUCACAACUGCGGUACGAUGCAAAACACAGGAGCGGGGGUGGGAGUUGUUAGGGAGGACCCUUGCACAUUUGAACUUACAACAUUACUACCAAAUGCAAAUCUAAAAACUGUCAGGUAAUAUAACAAAAACUUAAAAAGUUUAUUUCUUAUGCAUAACUUUCCUAUCGAGACAGCUGUAAUAAUUAACGUAACAAGCUGAACGAAUACUUAUUGC